AUGUGCUCCUUCCGUCUGCUCCUCGCCGCCGCCGCCACAUGCGCCCUGAUCCCGUCGUCGUUCGGGCAAACGUGUACACCCCUCACGUCACCUGGACCCUGCAUCACCGGCACCCUUGGAGGCGCGUGCGAUGUCGGUACCGGCACUUGCGUGAACGGCCCGCCCGGCUCGGGACUUAUCUGCUGCCCGCCCGGUUCCGUCAUCGCCGCCACGUCCAGCUCAUCUACGAGUACCACCACGACGCCGGCCUGCGUUGACAGGGUGAACUCCCGCACCGGUGUCUCCGAUUGCCCUGCCCGUGUUGCCGCCGGAUACUGCACUAGGAAGUACUACAAGACGCUGAUGAAGCAGCAGUGCCGUCUGUCGUGCGGCUACUGCACCUCCACCUCCAGCUCGUCCAACUCUACCUGUGGUGCCGGCCUGCCGCCGUGUGCUACUGGCACGACGUGUGUGGGCCCCUCGGAUAACCAGUUAUGCUGUCCCACUGGUUCUGUCAUUCAGGCCACAUCGACUACAGUUGCGAGAACGACGCGAAAAACAGCCUGCGUUGACAAGCUCAACCCGCGCACCGGUGUGUCGGAUUGCCCGGCUCGUGCUGCCGCCGGUUAUUGCACCAGGAAGUACUACAAGUCGUUGAUGAAGCAGCAGUGCCCGAAAUCUUGCAACUUCUGCACCUCGAGCUCCAACAACUCUGGCUCCGGCUCUUCCUGCGCCGAUCUGACGAACCCGCGCACCGGAACGUCCGACUGCCCGAGGCUGUCCAACCUGUGCUCUAACUCCCUGUACCAGAGCAUCAUGGCCGUCCAGUGCCGCAAAACGUGCGGCCUUUGC